CAGCACACAUGUUGUGAUUAUCUUGAACUCAACUAACUCAGCUUUGUUUACAGAUGUUUAAAAAUUAAAACAACAUGGCCGAAAAAAUUCAAAAUGCAGAAAAUGAAAUUGGGGAACAAAGCAGUUUGGUGGACGACAGUGUUUUCGUUAUUUCCAAUAAUUCUUACAGAAAACCUUUGAAUAUCACUUGGAGAGACUCAUAUAGACAGAUUUUGGCAUCAUGCAUAGCACAAAGUUUGGUGAUACAGGUAGGCAUAAACAUGGCGUUCAGCGCCAUCUUGCUGCCGCAAUUAAACGAACAGAAAAGUGACAUAAAAAUCACGAAGUCUGAAGCCUCAUGGAUAGCCAGCAUUGUUGCCAUAGCUCUACCCUUGGGGUCUUUCAUCAUAGGGCCUUUGAUGGACAGAUUUGGAAGAAAGAAAAUGUGCAUUUUAACAACAAUUCCCUUUAUAAUUUCUUCGAUUUUAUUCACUUUUGCUUCGAAUAUUUGGUUUAUUUACGCUGCUAGAAUAAUAGCGGGGUUUAGUGGAGGCUUAACGACGGUCUCAUUGGUGUACGUCAGCGAAAUAACACACCAAAAUACAAGAGCAAUGUUACUUAGCUUGAACAGUGUAUUCGUAUCGUUUGGUAUUCUUUUAACUUGCAUAUUGGGUCUAUGGUUGCAGUGGCGUACCAUGUCGUUAGUAUUCUGCGGACUUAUCGUUUUGAGUUUUAUAGGACUCUUUUUUGUACCUGAAUCGCCCCACUGGUUGGUUGUGUUUAAAAAUGACCCCAAUGAAGCUGCCAAAUCUUUGAGGUGGAUUUACUCAAAUAAUCAGAUUUUCGAACACCAAUACCAAAAAAUCCUCGAAUCCAGAUCAUCGACUGAAAACACGGAAAUAGCAACGGAAAGCUCGAAAUUGUUGAGGAUCAGGAAUAAUUUGAGCAUAUACAAAAACCCUGUAGUCUAUAAACCUGUGAUUAUACUAUUGUUAAUAUUUUUUUUUCAACAAAUGUCGGGUGCCUAUGUUAUUAUUUUCUAUGCUGUCGAUUUGUUCAGAGAGAUUGGUGGUCAAUUUGGGAGGGGAAUGGAUGAAUUUGUAGCUUUGGUAUUGCUUGGUACAAUAAGGUUUUUGAUGUCUAUUGUGUCAGCUAUAAUAUCCAAAAAAGUGGGUAGAAGACCUCUACUGUUUUUCUCAGCUCUAGGUAUGACUGUCUGUAGCUUUAUAGCUGGGAUUUAUAUGUAUAUCACUGCCUUACCACAGUCAGAGCUGGAUAGAAUUAACGUUCAAAAAAAUGAACGUAAUAAUAAUGUACCACUGUUUUGUAUUCUUGGUUAUGUAACCUUUGGGUCCAUAGGUUAUUUGGUGAUACCAUGGACUUUAAUAGGUGAACUCCUACCUGUGAAAGUGCGUGGUAAACUAGGAGGUGUUUUAAUUUCAAUGGCAUAUUUUUUUAUGUUUUUUACACUAAAAUCUUUCCCUUACAUACUGGAAGCUGUAACUUUACAACACCUGUUCUACAUUAUUUCCAUAAUAAACCUAUUGGGUUUCGCCUUUUUGUAUUGGUUUCUUCCAGAAACUCUUGGCAAAUCCUUUAGCGACAUAGAGAAAUAUUUUAAGAGAAAAUAGUGAUAUUAAAUGAUAGUUUUGUACAUACAAUGUUUUAUUUAUUUACACCAAGACUUAGUACCAUGGUACUAAGACUUAGUACCAGGUGCAUUCUUUUGGCAUUUGUCAUUUUUGACUUUCAACAUGGCUAGUAAAGCGAUUUUAACGAUUUUCGACAACUACCAAAAAGCCCGCUUAUGUUUUGCCCAGAACGUCGCGGAGCUAGCAGCGAAGCAGCAAAAUAUAGACGCACUGGAGAAAGCUGGCGCUCUGGGUGAGAAAAAAAUAUUUGGGUGGACAUUUAUAUAAUUUAUUUUUGCUUAGACCUGUUAAAAGGGCUCAUAACGGACCCGUGCAGUCAGAUACAGCAGUGCGCGGCCAUAGCCCUAGGCAGAAUUCUACAAAGCAGUCCCAGUGUAACUGCGAAAUUUUUGCAGAGUAACUUUCUGGCAGUUUUACUGGGCAGCAUUCACUCCCAGAC